GUUCUAUUAAGGUACCCGACGUAUUAUAGCAUUAGUUUAAAUUUUUUACUUUUAAUAAAUUUAUGACAAGUGCCCCAGUGAAAAAUAUUAAUGCCUCCAUUAGAUAUUCUACAAUUCUUUUGAAUUGCAAAAUUGGUGAAAAGGCAAGCACGUGAUUUUCCCAUGACCUUUGAGAUUUUAUUUGUUGAUUUAUUUAGAAAUAUUUGUAAACCUAAAUUAUGUAGAAUAAGUUUUAGAAAAGCUGUUACUCCCUCCGUAUCAAAGUAAUUGACCCGUUUUCCUUUUUGGGACGUAUCAAAAUAAAAGUCUCGUUUCUCUUUUUGGAAAUAAACCCACCCAAAAAGCAGCUACAGUACCGCUACAGUCCCAAAACCUCCUACUUUAUAUAUAUUUGCCUUAAAAUACGUGAAAAAGCAUAUGGGUCAAUUAAUUUGAUAUGGAGGGAGUAUGUUAGAUUUCAAGUAAAUGGGCUAGAAAAGUUUUAGUUCGAAUACUCCGUAUUUACUUCAUUUUUAGCUAAUAAUUAAUUUUCAUACUUUCAUUAUAAAAUCUCAAAUGUCAUGGGCAGAUCACAUACUUGUCUUUUCACGCAUUUCAAAAGAAUUGUAGAAUAUCUAAGGAAAAAUUGACAAGAAUAAUCUCACCUUUCACUGGUCUUCUCAUAAUAAUUCCACCUUUAAAUAAUCCCACCUUUGCACCUCAUCUUCUUUCAUUGGAUUCUGACCAAGUUUUUUACCUUUUUCAAAAAUCUUAUAUAAAUAAUCUCACAUUGACAAGGAUAUAAUUAAAAAGUGAAAGGUGAGAUUCUUUGUAUAAUUUUCAAAGAAAGAGUAAAAAACAUGGUCAGGGUCCAAUGAGAGAAGAUGAGGUGCAAAGGUAGGAUUAUUUUGGGAUUAUUUAAAGGUGGGAUUAUUAUGAGAAUACCAGUGAAAGGUGAGAUUAUUCUUAGCAAUUUUUCCAAUAUCUAAUGGGGGCAUUAAUAUUUUUCAUUGGGGAUUUGUCAUAAAUUUAUUAAAAGUAAAAAAAUGAAACUAAUGCUAUCAUACGCUAGGUACCUUAAUAGAGCGGAUCCAGUGUUGCAGGUAAGGAAUCAACUGUUCCUUCAAUUCUGCAUACUGUGUAGAGAUAAAAGAAUUUUCCCUGAGUAACAUAUUGAGAUUUUCAAUGUCAGCUAUGGCAAAGUUCAAUAUUUGUUCUGUGACAAUUCUAUUUCCAAGCACAAGAAGAGGAGUUUCUUUUUCUUCAACAUCAAGAGGAGGAAUGAAAAGUAAGACUUUAUUCUCUGAACCAAGUUAAAUUAAAAAAUCUAAUUAUUUUUGUAAGAUAAAACAAAUAAAAAAAAGCUAAAUAAGAUAAACUUACUUGUCCCAUGGAGAUAAGCGGAACAGACAAAUAAUUGCAAGCUGUCUGUGUCCAUGGAAGGGAUUCUUCCUUUGAUUUUGUUCUUCACACCUAAAAUCCAAGGUUGUAUAGGUUGUUGUUCUUCACUGCUAUCUCUUUUUUUAUGUUUAAGCAUGUGCUUUAGGGUUGGCCGGUGCAAUUGAGAUUGUGGGAGAGGUGGAGGCGGUAGGCCCGGUGAUGUUGGUUCCUCCUCCAUGAAGGAAAUGAACUUCUGAGCAGACGAAGGAAAUGAGAAGGUAAGGUGUGAGGACCGAGGAGGGGGUUCCCAGAAUCGGGUGUUUUCUAAAAAUGAGGGAUUCAGAGGAAUGAUGGGCGUAGGGGCAAGAUAUAUAGGCAUGUUCAUCCUUUAGGGCCAAUCUCCCAAUUUCUUCUUCUGUUCUGCAAUUCCAUGAAGAAGAGCCACCCUCAAGAUUACUCAUGAUCAUUGAUUGAACUUUGAAGGAAACUAAUUGUGUUUGGUGCAGGCUGUUGAUACCUAGAAUUUAACAAUGGUGCAUUAUUUGAGUCAGAGUUCUGAAUCAUAUCAACUCCAUGGCCUCAAGGAGAACGGUCAGGUGGCUGCAGGAUUGAAACAACACUGCCACAACAUCAGUUACCUUCACACCCUCAGCUCUAUACUGGCUUCAUCGAGUUUUCUUUAUAUCUCAAAGCCGCCCAUUUCGGUUGGAAGAAAUUGGGAAGGGAGCUUCUUCAUCUGCCAAUUCAAAACAAAAAAUUUCAUUAAUAGGGCAGCAAAUCAUUUUGGCAUGUUUGGUCAAUGUGAAAGAUUGACACUCCGUUUAGCCACAAAUUUCAGUGAGCAGGCUAACAUGCCACAGAUCUACUUUGUUUCUUCAACUAACAGCUAAUCUGAUGUAUGCAACGGUCAUUGGUUAAAAUACAACAUUUUUUAUGUGGAGUUGUAUAAAAAUCUGCUCUCAAUCUACUCCAUCAAAGACGUAGAAGAUAUUUAAGAGCAGUUAAAAUAGUGGCAUCCUCUUACUCAAGUCCAAGGCGGCAUAUGGGGUUCUUCUUUAUGAGACCAAGAUCCGUCCAAACAGUUCUCUAAUAUUGUCAAUCCCGUAAAGUAUCAUAGUUGGCCUCUCAAGGGAAAGGCCCCACAGAUCUACUUUGUACUUCACACCAUUUAUAAAAACUCAACCAUUUUCAACUUA